GGGACUUCUUAUGGAAUGCUUUCGUCAAAAGCACCAGUCUUUCAGAAGGUGUUAUUUUCCUUUCAGGUCUGGGAUGCUCAAAAGAUACAGAAAUUCUCAAGAGGUAUUUGCUAAAGACGGUCACUGAUUCCGAGAUCAGGCGACAAGACAGACAAACAGUAUUUGUAUCCGUAGUGAACGGGAAUCCAAGUAAUUUUGACACAGCGCUGGACUUUUUGAUUGAACACCAAAAGGAAAUUGACGCCCAGUAAGUAAUUUCACUUCUCUCUAGUUUCUAUCUAUGGAUAAUUAAUGAUAAUGAUAGGCCAAUCUUGAAUAAUAAUACAAAUAGUCUAUUAUAGGCGGAUGACCAUCUUAAAAGAAAC